AUGGAGCCCUUCCUGCGCAUAGCCUUUAAUGCAUUUGAUGUGGGGGUCCUGCCCCCCCUGACUAACACUCCCUUCUGUGCCAUUAAGAUGAAGGAGUCCUUCAUAACUGGUCAGUAGCACUACCCAUGGGGUACUACCAAACUGUAUACACACACACACACACACACAUACCACUCCCCCUCUUUUCUCUCUCUCCCUCCCUUUCACAUGUACACAACCACACUUUAUGACAUGCACAUGUGUAAUCUGUAUGUAGUAGUGUAACCCAUCUCCCUCCUCUCUCCUCUCGCUCUCAAGAGCGGGGGAAGACCCUGGUCCAGAGGAAACCCACUAUGUACCCAGCCUGGAAGUCCAGUUUUGACGCCCACAUCUUAGAGGGCCGUGUCCUGCAGGUGGUUCUGAUGAAGACCACAGAGGAGCCAUUGGCCGAGGCCAUGGUGGGCAUGUCCGUGCUGGCCGAGCGCUGUAAGAAGGGCAACGGCUGUGCUGAAUUCUGGGUAGACCUGCAGCCUUCUGGGAAGGUUCAAAUGGCCGUCCAGUUCUUUGUGGAGGACACAGACACAGCAGGUAGUAGGCGAAACAUACAUGCUCUCAAUCUAGCAUUUACUGUAUAUCUCUCUGUUUCUCUCGCACUCAUACACACUGGUUAGACAGUAAACAGUGGGCUCUAGUGGUAGUGGUAUAUGGAUAAUGGCACUGGAGGGGAUGCUGUGCCUUAGACCGCUGCCCCACUCGGAAGGCCCCUGCUCCUGACCAAUUGUGCUAUUUUGUGUGUUUUUCUUUUGCGCUGAUCCGAAUUAGUUUUUUACAUAAUGUUUCGUCCAUUGUUUCAUGUGAUCGAAAAGAGCUUCUGGACAUCAAACAGAGAUUAAUAACCUCGAUUUGGAUGAGGCCUUUUUCAAAGAAUCGGAGACAAAGGACAUAAUGCUCAUCCCAAACUAGGCCCAAAUCCCCGUCACUCGGAGGAGGCGGUGCUAUAGAGGUCGGCGUGCCGGAACUCUAACGAGACUGCGACGGCGAGUGGAUAAGUCGCCAUUACCCUCCGUUCUAUUGGCGAAUAUGCAAUCAUUGGAAAAGAAACUGGAUGAGCUCCGUUCGAGACCAUCCUAUCAAAGUGAUCUGAAGAACUGUUGGUGCACAAUCUCUAAUAUUAAGGACAUUUCGAGGUUCUGCUCGCCUGAGUUAGAAUACCUCAUGAUAAGCUGUAGACCAUACUAUUUACCAAGAGAGUUUGCAUCCAUAUUUUUUAUUUACCACCACAAACCGAUGCUGGCACUUAGACUGCACUCAACGAGCUGUAUAAGGCCAUAAGCAAACAAGAAAAUGCUCACCCUGGACCCACUCCAAUUCGCAUACCGCCCCAACAGAUCCACAGAUGACGCCAUCUCUACUGUACUCCACACUGCCCUUUCCCAACUGGACAAAAGGAAGACCUAUGUGAGAAUGCGGUUCAUUGACUACAGCUCUGCGUUCAACACCAUAGUUCCCUCCAAGCUCAUCACUAAGCUAAGGACCCUGGGAUUAAACACCUCCCUCUGCAAUUGGAUAUUCGACUUUAUGACGGGACACCCCCAGGUGGUGAGGCUAGGCAACAGGGGUAGGCUUGACUGGCUGCAUCACCGCUUGGUAUGCAUCCGACCGCAGGGCUCUACAAGAGUGUAGUGCGUACGGCCCAGUACAUCACUGGGGCUGAGCUCCCUGCCAUCCAGGACCUCUAUACCAGGUGGUGUCAGAGGAAGGCCCUACAAAUUGUCAAAGACUCCAGCCACCCUACUCAGUCUGUUCUCUCUGUUUCCGCACGGCAGGUGGUACCGAGGCGCUAAGUCUGGGACCAAAAGGCUCCUGAACAGCUUCUACCCCAAAGUUAUAAGACUGCUGAACAGUUAAUUAAACGGACUACCCAGAUUUUUGGCUUUUCAUCCCCUACCUACAUGUACAUAUUAUCUCAAUCAAUCACCCAACUACCUCAUACCCCAGUACACUGACUCUAUCGGUACUCCUUGUAUAUAGCCUGUAUAUAGCCUCGUUGUUGUUAUUUUAUUAUGAUACUAUUUUAUUUUUAUCUAUUUGUUAAUUUUCUUACAUUGAAACUGCAUUAUUGGGAAAGGGCUCGUAAGUAAGUAUUUCACGUUAAAGUCUGCAUGUGACAAAUACAUUUUAUUUGAUUUAGAGAAAUAUGCUACUGUACAAGGCUGCCAGGCCAGCUCGUCACAUGGAGCUCAGCCUAGCCCAGAAGCCAUGCAGGCCCUGGAAGGGGGAGUGUGUGUAUCUACAACUGGCAUAUGACCCAGGCCUAGGGGGAGGCUGUAUGUGGGAGUGUCCCAGUCAGGCUGAACCUGCUCUGGGUAGGCUGGAGCAGCAUCCAUCAUACCCCUUUCUCUCUGCAGGUUUCUUGAAAUGCAGCCCAGACUGUGGUAUGUUUAGGCCUGUGUGUCUGAGUAGCCCUCUCUGCCUGACUCUGUCACCAGCCUGUAUCCAGAGUUGGCAGGCAGGAGCAACUCCUCUCUAAACAUACACCAGUCAAUGGAAUGAGAUGGCACAGAGGAAAUGUGUGUAUUUUUUUUCUCUCUCUAUCUAUUCAGCUUCCCGUCUGUCUGUGUCCUCUUCCCUCACUCUCUUUUGUGUCUUCUCACAGUCCUCAUAUCAGUUGUAUUUUCUUUGUUUACCUCUCUCACGCCUCUCUCAUUUUCUUUCCAUGACCUUUGACCCAGUCCCCUUGGCUUCCGUCAGCUGCAGCUACAUUUCCCAGAAGGUUGUUCUCACUGUUUACUCUGGAAGUCAAACAUGUGGGACCUGACCUCAGUCUUUAGAUCUCUUUUCCUUAAUCAAUCCCAUUUUGAUGAUUCAUGUUUAAUAAACUCUAUUUCUAUAGCAAAUAGAUCAUCUCUAACUCUGAGACUGUGUAGACUCAAUUUAUGCAGGUUUAGAAUAUAACAAUGUAGGUACAAGGUUCAUGAAUUCCAUUUUUUUUUUACCAAGGUGCCAUUUUUACGUUUCCAUCCAACUGUUUCAUGUGGAUUACUUACCUGACACAUGAAAAAAGUCAUGACCAGGCUGAUGGAAGCAUGAAAUGCCGGCACAGUUUUAUAAAUGCCAACAGACAAUUUGUUCUUCGACAUGGUGGGAUCUUUUUGUGUCUGUAAAAUGUAUUAAGCGAGAAAUGGCGAUGGAAACGCCUUAAUGCGCGAAUAUUGAAAUAAUAACCAUCAUAUCGAAGUAAACUUGGAGUCAAGCGAUGAUAUGUUGUGUGGUCCUCCCACUACGACUCGGGAAAGCAUGCCGUUUAUUAAGCUACAGAUUAAAUAAAUGAUGAUGAACUUCACAGGGUGAUGAAUGUGCAAGGUGAUGAGCUUGAUGCUCCUUUCCAAUAAGUAUCGAGGGUCUUAUUCUGGUGACAUGAUGAUCUUGGCUGCCGUUUGACAAAUACAAAUAAUAUCACUGUUAACCAUAAUAAUCUCAUAAUGUAGGUAGCCUACCCAAUGCGAUCUGUUGGUUAAAGUGCAUGUGCCAAGACCAGAGUGGGCACAUUUGCUACACAGCAGAAUGAUUGAGUACAUAGAAUAAUUAACUUUAAAAUUGUCAUGUGUCCCCAGCAGCGUUUAAAUCGACAGUGAAGGGGCGUGAAGAGGAGGACGGGGCGAGAACACUGUACCGAAGGAAAGCCAUUAAACAGGCCAAGGUCCACUACAUCAAGAACCAUGAAUUCACUGCCACCUUCUUUGGACAGCCCACCUUCUGCUCUGUCUGCAGGGAGUUUGUCUGGUGAGAGAUGGAGACCACCUAUCCUAACACUGACCAUGACCAUGAAAAAAGACCAUUACUUUCUCACACGUCAUUACUGCAUCAAACAGUGGGCUUUCAACCUGGUUUACUUGUGUAGUUGUAUGUUUGUUUUACACACAAACAGUAUUAUGCCUUGGCCUAGCAGUAAACCAGAGUACAGAGAGAGUUGACUGAUUACCCCAAAACCAGCCCCCCAUGGGGUCUCUAAGUAGACCCAUUAGCAGCCCUAAUUGUUCCCUCACUGGAGUAGUCAGGCCAAUAAUAACAAUAAGACUGGCUGGCAUGACCUGUAAUGGGAGCUGUGUAAGUCACUUUCUUGGGAAAACCCACAGGGUGUUCCUGCAAUGUUUCACCAACGUCAGCUGCUCAGUACAAUCCCCAGGGCAGGGCUGUCCCCUUCCUGCCAGAGAAGAAAACUGUUAUUGGUUACCAAUGGCGACAGGUUGAGGAAUGUCCCUUUUAGCCUUAUAAGUGUGUGUGGAUGGUGUUUGUGCAAAAUAUGAAUGAAUGUCUCUCCUCUCUUUCAUACUGUUAAGCUACCAUUGUUUAUUGUCACUGUCAAUACUUUUCAUGAGAUUUUCUCAUCAACUGGGAAAAUGGCAACAAAGAUUGGGAAAAGUCCACAAAGAUUAGCAAUGUAUUGUAUGACUCUUAAACCCUGGUUUCUUUUCAAACAGGGGACUCAACAAGCAAGGCUACAAGUGCCGACGUGAGUGUCUCUGACCUCUUGCUGUUUAGAUUUUUCCACUAUAUGGACAUUGUUUUGUAGCUUGGAGUGAAGCAUCCUAAGCGUUCACUGUGCAAUCAUACACUCCCAAAAAUAUACAAAUUUCUCAUAUCAAUAAGUGAAUGUCUUAACUAUGAGCUUGCCCUAAUGUGGCUUUAUCUCUGUCUCAGAAUGCAAUGCGGCUAUCCACAAGAAAUGCAUCGACAAAAUCAUUGGGAGAUGCACCGGAACAGCAGCCAACAGUAGAGACACUAUGGUAAGCGUUAUGACCACCUAUCCUAAUAUAUUGCAAAUAGUAGUGGGUGUUUGAAGAUCAGUUUUCUAUGGAGCAAUUCCCUUGAUCAAUAUGUUUACUUAAAUCGUAAUUUUUCCACGUCAUUUUCUCUGAUUGCAUCGCGGUCAUGCAGCUGUGAGGGAACUGUCACGUUUAUCUGCAUCCCUCAAAGGGCAAGAUGAGACACAUUCAGGGAGGUCAACAGCUAUCAGAGACCAGGCAAAUCAAUAGGCUUGUGUUUAAAACUGAACAGUGGUGCUCCAUUCCAGUUGUAAUUUAGCUAUCACAGGACCAAAGUAGCCAGUAUAGUGCCAGUGGAUUCAGCAUAAGACUGUUAUUACCAGUAGUGGAGCACUUUUAACUAGUGUUGCAGUGUUGCUUAUGAAGUAUACAGCCAGGGAGAUAGUAAGGCUGAUAGUCUCUGCAGCAGUAGGAUCAGCUCUUCAUCACCUGAGGCAGUUAGGAUAGAGAGGCCUUCUCUUCAGUGGUUAGUGGUCAGAGGUGAAUCUGUCCCCUGUCUGCAGCCUGUAUGGGAGCUCCCCUGGGGGUGUAGGUGGAAUUGUAGGCCAGUCAGUGCUGUGAGGGUGGAGUCAGUGCUGUGAGGGUGGAGUCAGUCCACCAGUUAAAGGUGUAGGUGUGUGCCCCCUGUCCCUUCUCCCUUUGGGGCACCAUGAGGAGCUUCAGAACAGCCAUGAGGCCCCACAGACACCCAGGUCUUUGGGCAGUGCCCAUGGGUACUAUGGACUGGCUCUUUGAUGACGGGAGCUCUGUGUCCACAGUUCCAGAAGGAGCGCUUUAAGAUUGACAUGCCGCAUCGCUUCAAGAGCCACAACUACAUGAGCCCCACCUUCUGUGACCACUGUGGCAGUAUGCUGUGGGGAAUGGUCAAGCAGGGCAUCAAGUGUGAAGGUAGGUGUGAGGCCCCCUCUCACUCAUUCCCUCUCCCUCUGUCUCUUUCCAUUUAUCUUCAAUAGAACCAAUCUGUUAGCUCUGGCCCUCUAUCUCUUUCAUUUACAUUUACAUUUUAGUCAUUUAGCAGAGUGACUCUUUCAUUAAAAUUUUAGUCAUCUUAUCCAGAGCGACUUACAUGAGCAAUUAGGGUUAAGUGCCUUGCUCAAGGGCACAUCGACAGAUUUUUCACCUAGUCGGCUCGGGGAUUAGAACCAGCGACCUUUCGGUUACUGGCACAACGCUCUUAACCACUAAGCUACCUGCCGCCUCUUUCCCUCUCUAUCUUCUCACAACCAGUGUCUUAUGCUUCUCCCCUUUCUCCUGUCAGAUUGUUCCAUGAACAUCCAUCACAAGUGUCAGAAGAAAGUGGGCAAUCUCUGUGGAAUCAACCAGAAACUUCUGUCUGAGGCCCUCAACCAAGUUAGCCAGGUGUGAAAGGCAGGGACAUGCACUUGGUCAUACCCACAUUCACACAUAUUAAUGUAUUUUCUAGAAUCAUUAAUGCACAUUCAUAAACCUAUUGUAAUGGCAUUUUUACCCUCUCAGAAAUCCAUAAGUAGGUCUGAAUCCAACAACUCCAAGUCAACAGACACUGGAAUCUACCAGGACUUCAACAAAAGCCCAGGAGUGGACCCUAGUGGUGAGUAGCUGUCACUGUUGCAGCUGAGAGCACAUUAUUCUGCAUUAUAAACUGGGUGGUUCUAGCCUUGAAUGCUGAUUGGCUGAAAACUGUGGUAUAUCAGACCUUAUUCCAGGAAAUGACCAAACAUUUAUUUUUACUGCUUUAAUUAUGUUGGUAACAAGUUUAUAAUAGUAAUAAGGCUCCUCAGGGGUUUGUGAUAUAUGGCCAAUAUACCACGGCUAAGGGCUGUAUCCAGAACAGCCCUUAGCCGAGGUAUAUUGGCCAUAUACAACACCCCCUCAGGCCUUAUUGCUUAAGUAAACCACACUUUUUGUUUUUUGUUAUCCAUCUUUUUUGUUGUUGUGUUUUUACAUGUGUGAAUGCAUCUAUUGACAUUAUGCCCCUCUCUUUGUGUGUGUGUUCAAAAGAAGCCAAUGAGAACCUGUGGGAAGGUGGUAAGGUCCCUGCCCCCACCAGCAUCGCUCCCAAGAUCCACCUCACCAUCGACAACUUUGUGUUCCACAAGGUGCUGGGCAAGGGCAGCUUUGGCAAGGUAAUGUAGGCCCCAGUCCAACCACUCUGGUACAUUUCCCGUCACACCACUGACACACAUGCACACACACUAAAUGGCCUUCACACAAGUGUCACAUGCUAAUACUGCUUUGUCCAAAAGGUUCCAAGGCACUCUUCAACUGCUGCAAACUAACCUACUUUAGUGGUUUAGUUAGUAUGUUAUUAUCUAUUGUCGGAGUAGCAAUAGCAACCCAGUGGCCUGCUAUAGUAGUUAGUUGUUCAACAUGUGUUUUCUCUCUGUGGGAGUAUGCGGCCUAACAGUAUCACCUCUCCUGUCUGGCGCUCCAGGUCCUGCUGGCUGAGCUGAAGGGGCGAGGGGAAUACUUUGCUGUGAAGGCCCUGAAGAAAGAUGUGGUUCUGAUGGAUGAUGAUGUAGAGUGUACCUUGGUGGAGAAGAGAGUCCUGGCCCUGGCCUGGGACAACCCCUUCCUCACACACCUUUACUCCACCUUCCAGACUAGGGUGAGACCCCUUUAUCUUUCAUUAUGAGAACAAUUUUCCCUCAGACUGAUUUGUGUCACUAUACUUACAGUUGAAGUCAGAAGUUUACAUACACUUAGGUUGGAGCCAUUACAACUUGUUUUUCAACCACUCCACAAAUUUCUUGUUAACAAACUAUAGUUUUGGCAAGUCAGUUAGGACAUCUACUUUGUGCAUGACACAAGUAUUUUUUCCAACAAUUGUUUAUAGACAUAUUAUUUCACUUAUAAUUCACUGUAUCACAAUUUCAGUGGUUCAGAAGUUUACAUACACUAAGUUGACUGUGCCUUUAAACAGCUUGGAAAAUUCCAGAAAAUGAUGUCAUGCCUUUAGAAGCUUCUGAUAGGCUAAUUGACAUCAUUUGAAUCAAUUGGAGGUGUACCUGUGAUGGAUUUCAAGGCCUACCUUCAAACUCAGUGCCUCUUUGCUUGACAUCAUGGGGAAAUCAAAAGAAAUCAGCCAAGCCCUCAGAAAAAACAUUGUAGACCUCCACAAGUCUGGUUCAUCCUUGGGAGCAAUUUCCAAACGCCUGAAGGUACCACGUUCAUCUGUACAAACAAUAGUACGCAAGUAUAAACACCAUGGAACCACGCAGCUGUCAUACCGUUCAGAAAGGCGAUGCGUUCUGUCUCCUCAAGAUUAACGUACUUUGGUGCGAGAAGUGUAAAUCAAUCCCAGAACAACAGCAAAGGACCUUGUGAAGAUGCUGGAGGAAACGGGUACAAAGGUACCUAUAUCCACAAUAAAACGAGUCCUAUAUCAACAUAACCUGAAAGGCCGCUCAGCAAGGAAGAAGCCACUGCUCCAAAACCGCCAUAAAAAAGCCAGACUACGGUUUGCAACUGCACAUGGGGACAAAGAUCGUACUUUUUGGAGAAAUGUCCCUGGUCUGAUGAAACAAAAAUAGAACUGUUCGGCCAUAAUGACCAUCGUUAUGUUUGGAGAAAAAAGGGGGUUGCUUGCAAGCCGAAGAACACCAUCCCAACCGUGAAGCACGGGGGUGGCAGAAUCAUGCUGUGGGGGUGAAUUAUGUGGAUAUAUUGAAACAACAUCUCAAGACAUCAAUCAGGAAGUUAAAGCUUGGUCGCAAAUGGGUCUUCCAAAUGGACAAUGACCCCAAGCAUACUUCCAAAGUUGUGGCAAAAUGGCUUAAGGACAACAAAGUCAAGGUAUUGGAGUGGCCAUCACAAAGCCCUGAACGCAAUCCUAUUGAAAAUGUGUGGACAGAACUGAAAAAGCGUGUACGAGCAAGGAGGCCUACAAAAAUGACUCAGUUACACCAGCUCUGUCAGGAGGAAUGGGCCAAAAUUCACCCAACUUAUUGUGGGAAGCUUGUGGAAGGCACCCGAAAUGUUUGACCCAAGUUAAACAAUUUAAAGGCAAUGCUACCAAAUACGAAUUGAGUGUAUGUAAUCCUCUGACCCACUGGGAAUGUGAUGAAAUAAAUAAAAGCUGAAAUAAAUCAUUCUCUCUAAUAUUAUUCUGACAUUUCACAUUCUUAAAAUAAAGUGGUGUUCCUAACUGACCUAAGACAGGGCAUUUUUACUAGGAUUAAAUGUCAGGAAUUGUGAAGAACUGAGUUUAAAUGUAUUUGGCUAAGGUGUAUGUAAACUUCCGACAGUAGCUUAAAUGAUAGGAUAAUGUGCAUGUGUGUGUUUUCGCAGGAACACCUGUUUUUCGUGAUGGAGUACCUGAAUGGAGGAGACCUGAUGUUCCACAUACAGGAUAAGGGUCGCUUUGACCUCUACAGAGCCACGUGAGUGACAGACUACAGUGAUAUGUAGGCUCUAUCUCACCAUCCACCAGCCACUAAGUAGUUAUGUUACUUUAAAACUCAUCCAAGAGGGUUUCAUAGCAGGUUAAGGGCAGACUGUAGGUCUUUCAUAAUGAUGAUACACACAGAAGUAAUUUGGACUCUACCACUCUUCUCCCCCAGGUUCUACUCAGCAGAGAUCGUAAUUGGACUGCAGUUUCUCCAUUCCAAAGGAAUUAUUUACAGGUGAGAUCCAUGAACUGCAAUGGCCUGAUCUGGUCGUGCACAUGAUUCACCCCUGUAUUAGUGCUUAAUAGUUGGACUUAAUUCCCUUUAAUUAGGGAGCUGAUUUAACCCCUCUCCCCCCUGCCCUCCCCUUCCCUGCUACAGGGACCUGAAGCUGGACAAUGUGAUGCUGGACAGGGACGGCCACAUUAAGAUUGCUGACUUUGGAAUGUGCAAGGAGAACAUGUUUGGAGCGAAUCGGGCCACCACUUUCUGUGGGACGCCGGACUACAUCGCACCAGAGGUGUGUGUGACUGUCUACGUCUAUGCGGGAUAGGGUUUUGUAGGAUUCUGUUUGUAAAGUAAUUUACUCUCUGUCCUGUAUUUGUUAGCCUAUGUUUUGAUCCUAACUGUAGAUUACUCUUUACAUAGUCCAUGGGUCUCUCUGUCUGUCUGCCCGUCCAUCCUCAGAUCCUGCUGGGACAGAAGUACACCUUCUCCGUGGACUGGUGGUCGUUUGGGGUGCUGGUGUAUGAGAUGCUGAUUGGCCAGUCGCCGUUCCAGGGUGAUGACGAGGAAGAGCUGUUUGAGUCCAUCAGGAUGGACGUGCCUCACUACCCUGGCUGGAUCACCAAGGAGGCCAAGGACCUGCUGGAGAAGGUGCGGCUGCUGCUCAUCCUCUUCUCUCACAUACAUUUACACACUGACCUCCUUUUCACAAUGUUGUAUGUCUGUGACAGUGGAUGGCAGAUGGGGGUCCACUAGUAAACAUUGUAAUCAGUCUUGCAAUCUCCCCUGACUUUCAUCAACACUAACCAUGCACACACAGACAUUCACCCAUAGUCACACCCAGACAUACAGAGAAAGACAGGCAUCAGAAUGUCACAACGUUGGCCGUGAAUAAAAUGUUAUUUUUCCUUACAUAUGCAAGCAAUGUUUCCACACCCAUUUUACCUUGCUAUUACAGCAUAUCCCUCUCGACCCCUCCCAUUUACACACUCACAAGCUCAUGCUCUGCACACACACACACCUUACAUCUCAGAUGGGAUGCCUGUUCCUAAGCUCUUGUGCGUCUCUGUGCUCGAUCCCCAGCUGUUUGAACGAGACCCCAGUCACAGACUAGGGGUGGUGGGGAACAUCCAUGGACACUCCUUCUUCAAGACCCUCAAUUGGCCUGCCCUGGAGAAGAGAGAGGUGGAACCCCCCUUCAAACCUAAAGUGGUAAGAUCUGGUUCUCUGAAUUAUGAUGUGGAUAGUGAAACUCACACACUGAUUUGAUUUGUUUACACCAUAUGAAUUACUUAUUUGGAGUUGUGGUGUGAAUGUUUCUAUUGGUAACUUGUUGAACUGACAUCCCUUCUCUGCCAAGCACAGAAAGCCCCGAAUGACUGCAGCAACUUUGACCGGGAGUUCCUGCGUGAGAAGCCCCGCCUGUCCCACACAGACAAGAACCUGAUUGACUCUAUGGACCAGGCUGUCUUUGCAGGCUUCUCUUUCAUCAACCCCAAGAUGGAAUGCAUUAUGGACAGUUGA